GUGAGCUCUGAACAAACUGCUCUCGGUCUCCUGAGGUUUGGACGUCCGUCAGCAGCCGUUCUCACCGGGACUUCAGCAGCUUCAGCCGUGUUUCAGGAGGAGAGAGGGUUAAAGAUGUCGAGGGCCCAAGUGACGAUGGAACUUGGGCUGAAUGGAGCCUCAAAACACCAGUCUGCAGGUGCGGGCCAACAGCGGCAGGGCGCCACCGUCAGCUUUCAUAACAUCGACUACAAGGUGACGCAGGGAGGAAGCUGCCUGUGUCGGAAGAAGGGUACGACCAAAGACAUCCUCAUCGACCUCAAUGGGAUCAUGAAACCGGGUCUGAACGCCAUCAUGGGAGCCACGGGAAGCGGAAAGUCAUCGUUCCUGGAUGUUCUGGCAGCGAGGAAGGACCCUUCAGGUCUGUCCGGAGAAGUUUUAAUCGACGGAGCUCAGCAGCCUCCAAACUUCAAGUGUCUGUCUGGAUACGUGGUGCAGGACGACGUGGUGAUGGGAACGCUGACCGUCAGAGAGAACUUCAUCUUCUCUGCGGCGCUGAGACUCCCGUCGUCUGUUUCUCAGAAGGAGAAGGAGGAAAAGGUCAACAAGCUGAUCCAGGAGCUGGGACUGGGCCGAGUGGCCGACUCCAGGGUGGGCACUCAGCUGAUUCGAGUCUCCGGCGGCGAGAGGAAGAGGACGAACAUCGGCAUGGAGCUGAUCAUCGACCCGCCCGUCCUCUUCCUGGACGAACCCACCACCGGCCUGGACGCCAGCACCGCCAACUCCGUCCUGCUGCUGCUCAAGAGGAUGGCCAACAGCGGUCGCACCAUCAUCCUCUCCAUCCACCAGCCUCGAUACUCCAUCUACCGGCUGUUCGAUAGCCUCACCCUGCUGGUCAACGGCAAACAGGUUUACCACGGCCCGGCUCAGACCGCGCUGGAGUAUUUCUCAGACAUUGGAUACACCUGUGAGCCCCACAACAACCCUGCUGACUUCUUCCUGGACAUCAUCAACGGAGACUCGACCGCCGUCGCCCUCAAUAACCUGGACAAAGACGAUCCAGAUUCAGACACUGUGUCGAUAUCCAGACGAGGGAUCGAGAACAAACUGGUAGAGGAAUACAGAAACUGCAACUACUUCAGGCAGACCAAAGCAGAGUUGGAGAGGAUAAUUCAGGGUAAGCCGCCCACCAAGUCUCGCUCCAGAACCAUCACCUACAACACCGGCUUCCUGACCCAGUUCAGAUGGGUUCUCAAGAGAACGUUCCAAAACCUGAUGCUCAACCCUCAGACCUCCAUUGCUCAGGUAGCAGUGACUUUGUUCCUGGCUCUCGUCGUAGGAGCCAUUUUCUUUGACGUCAAGGAGGAUCAGAGUGGAAUCCAGAACAGGUUCGGCGCUCUCUUCUUCAUCACUGUGAAUCAGUGUUUCAGCUCGCUGUCGUCUGCUGAACUCUUCAUCGCAGAGAGGAAACUCUUCAUUCACGAGUACAUCAGCGGUUACUACAGGGUGUCGGUGUACUUCCUGUCUAAGAUCCUGUCUGACAUCCUCACGCUGAGGACCAUCCCCGCCAUCGUCUUCAGCUGUGUGGCGUACUUUAUGAUUGGUCUGAAGCCGACAGUCGCAGCGUUCUUCACCUUCAUGUUCACCGUGACUCUGGUCGCCUACACCGCCACCUCCAUGGCUCUGGCCAUCUCAGCCGACCAGACGGUGGUCGCCAUCGCCAACAUCUUCAUGACCAUCGCCUGCGUCUUCAUGAUGAUCUUUGCAGGUCUGCUGGUGAAUCUUCCCUCCAUCGUCAGCUGGCUCUCUUGGUUGAAAUACUUGAGUAUACCACGAUACGGCCUCGGUGCUCUGCAGGUUAACGAGUUCACUGGACUGAACUUCUGUCGCAGUCUCAACAGCAGCAUCGUUCCACCGGGACUCUCGUGUACGGGGGAGGAGUUUCUGGAGGAGCAGGGCGUCGAUUUCUCCACCUGGGGCUUCUGGCAGAACCACAUGGCUCUGGGCAUCAUGACCAUCUGCUUCCUCGCCAUCGCUUACCUCAAACUGCGCUUCAUCAGGAAGUUCACCUAGACCUUCAUCACCACCAAUACUUUUUUUGCAUAUAUUAUUUGUAAUUUUUUGUAAUUUUCUAUUUCUUGAAUACCGAUAAUUUCUUUGCAGAAUUAAAACAUUUGUUGUUUACUGUUAGGUUAUUAAUUAUUUAUUCACUCCUUACUAACACCAAAGCCCUUCAUCGUAUGGACUAAUUAUAAGCUGUAUCUUGAUGUUUACACUUUAAAGUUCAGAACAAAAAAAGUAAUUUCUUUUUCACACAAAUACAAUUUAUAUUUAUGAGUGUGUAAAAAAAUAAAACACUGAAUUUACAUCC